AUGUCAGGACCUUUAAUUCAGCACUAUCGAAUCGAUAACUUCACUUUCAAGGAUGGGACCGGCCCGACCUCAAUCCACCUGGCCUUCCUAGACAUCAAUCCAACUGUGGAAAAUGUAGCCCUUGUCCUGACUUGUUUCCGUGGUCGGCUCGACUCUACCUUGACCUUUCGCCAUGGAGCCCUCAAGAACCACAGAGUCAUUGUGGUGGCAUUGUUUGGCAAUGGUGAAUCUUCAAGUCCAUCCAAUAUGGCCAACUUCCCUCCACUGCUGGAUUACCAAGACUGUGUGCGUGCUCAGCACCAGCUGAUAAGCUCCCGUCUCAACAUCCAAGCAAUCGAGGUGGUGGUUGGCUUCUCCAUGGGUGGACAGUGCUCGUACUACUGGACUCUGUUGUACCCGGAGAUGGUUCGGAAUGCGGUCAUCGUCUGUUCCUCGGCUCGUACCAGCCGUCACAACUACCAACUUGAGGGACCAAAGGCUGCGCUGGAGUUCUCAGCCGACUACCGCGCAGAAAAUGGCAGUCGAUCCACUUCAAAGGCAUUGGGCGGGCUACAGGCUUUCGGCAAGGCAUACUCAGCGUGGUUGACAAGCCCCGAGUGGUUUAAGGAGGAAAUGUACAAGUCCCUCGGCUAUGAUACUUUGGCUGAUUGGGACGAACAUGCGACCAAGAAAAACUAUCACAAUUGGCAUCCUGAUGACUUGCUCUCCAUGGUUGGUAUGUGGCAGAGAGGUAAUGUCACUUCAAUAUUGGGAGAUGCAUCUUUACAAGAUACACUGUCACGGAUCAAAGCACGUGUUCUGGUUAUGCCAUGCUCGACAGACCAGUAUUUUCGCUGGGAAGCAUCCGACAAAGAAUCGCGGGCAAUUGCUGGUUCAAUUUUCAAGAUCAUUCCGUCGACAUGGGGUCAUUUGGCUGGAAUUGGAUAUAAUACAGAAGACAAAGAGUUUAUAGAUCAGGCGAUAGCGGAGUUUUUGAUAGUGGAGUGA